CUAAAGGCUCAGAGGCCAGGCACCAUGGCGACCAUCCUGGAUGAGUAUGAGGACUCGUUGUCGCGCUCUACGACCUUGCAGCCCGGUUGCCCCAGCGUGGGCAUCCCUCACUCGGGUUAUGUAAAUGCUCAGUUGGAGAAGGAGGUGCCCAUCUUCACAAAGCAGCGCAUUGACUUUAACCCUUCUGAACGCAUCACCAGUCUUGUUGUUUCCUGUAAUCAGCUCUGCAUGAGUCUGGGCAAAGAUACACUGCUCCGCAUUGACUUGGGCAAGGCAAAUGAGCCCAAUCAUGUGGAGCUGGGGCGUAAGGAUGACACCAAAGUUCACAAGAUGUUCCUGGACCAUACUGGUUCUCACCUGUUGAUUGCUCUGAGCAGCACCGAGGUCCUGUAUGUGAACCGUAAUGGACAGAAGGUACGGCCACUAGCUCGCUGGAAGGGACAGCUGGUGGAGAGUGUGGGCUGGAACAAGGCACUGGGGACAGAGAGCAGCACAGGCCCCAUCCUGGUUGGCACUACCCAAGGUCAGAUCUUCGAAGCAGAGCUUUCAGCCAGUGAAGGUGGGCUCUUUGGCCCUGCCCCAGAUCUCUACUUCCGUCCACUGUAUAUGCUGAAUGAAGAAGGCGGUCCAGCACCUGUGUGCUCAUUGGAGGCGGAGCGGGGUCCUGAUGGGCGUGGCUUUGUUAUUGCCACUACUCGGCAGCGCCUCUUCCAGUUCAUAGGCCGAGCCACAGAGGGGACUGAGGCCCAGGGCUUCUCAGGAUUCUUUGCUGCCUAUACUGACCACCCACCCUCAUUCCGUGAGUUCCCUAGCAAUCUGGGCUACAGCGAGUUGGCCUUCUAUACCCCUAAGCUGCGCUCUGCACCCCAGGCCUUCGCCUGGAUGAUGGGGGAUGGCGUGUUAUACGGAGCACUGGACUGUGGGCGUCCUGACUCCCUGCUGAGUGAGGAGCGAGUCUGGGAGUACCCAGAGGGUGUGGGUCCUGGAGCCAGCCUUCCCCUGGCCAUCGUCCUGACCCAGUUCCACUUCCUGCUGCUAUUGGCAGACCGGGUGGAGGCAGUAUGCACACUGACGGGGCAGGUGGUACUGCGUGAUCACUUCCUGGAGAAAUUUGGGCCACUGAAACACAUGGUGAAGGACUCGUCCACAGGCCAGCUAUGGGCCUACACCGAGCGGGCUGUCUUCCGCUACUCUGUGCAGCGGGAGUCCCGGGAUGUCUGGCGCACCUACCUGGACAUGAACCGCUUUGACCUGGCCAAAGAGUAUUGUCGAGAGCGGCCUGACUGUCUGGACACAGUCCUAGCCCGGGAGGCUGAUUUCUGCUUUCGCCAGCGGCGAUACCUGGAGAGUGCCUGCUGCUAUGCCCUGACCCAGAGCUACUUUGAGGAGAUUGCUCUCAAGUUCUUGGAAGUUCGACAGGAGGAGGCUCUAGCUGAGUUCCUACAGCGAAAACUGACUAGUUUGAAGCCAACUGAGCGUACCCAGGCCACACUGCUCACUACCUGGCUGACAGAACUCUACCUUAGCCGGCUCGGGGCUCUGCAGGGUGACCCAGAGGCCUUGACCCUUUACCGGGAAACUCGGGAGCGUUUCCGUGCCUUCCUCAGCAGCCCCCGCCACAAGGAGUGGCUCUUUGCCAGCCGGGCCUCCAUCCACGAGCUACUUGCCAGCCACGGGGACUCAGAGCACAUGGUGUACUUUGCAGUGAUCAUGCAGGAUUACGAGCGGGUGGUGGCAUACCACUGCCAACACGAGGCCUAUGAGGAGGCCCUGGCUGUGCUCACUCGCCACCGUGACCCCCAGCUCUUUUACAGAUUCUCACCCAUCCUCAUCCGUCACAUACCCCGCCAGCUAGUGGACGCCUGGAUUGAGAUGGGCAGCCGGCUCGAUGCCCGACAGCUCAUCCCUGCCCUGGUGAAUUAUAGCCAGGGUGGCGAGGCCCAGCAGGUGAGCCAGGCCAUCCGCUACAUGGAGUUCUGUGUUAACGUGCUGGGUGAGACUGAGCAGGCCAUCCACAACUACCUGCUGUCCCUGUAUGCUCGCGGCCAGCCUGUCUCACUGCUGGCCUACUUGGAGCAGGCAGGGGCCAGCCCGCACCGUGUGCAUUAUGACCUCAAGUAUGCACUGCGGCUCUGUGCUGAGCAUGGCCACCACCGCGCCUGCGUUCAUGUCUACAAGGUCCUGGAGCUGUAUGAGGAGGCUGUGGACCUGGCACUGCAGGUGGAUGUGGACCUGGCCAAGCAGUGCGCAGACUUGCCAGAGGAAGAUGAGGAGCUGCGCAAGAAGCUGUGGCUAAAGAUUGCUCGGCACGUGGUACAGGAAGAAGAAGACGUGCAGACGGCCAUGGCCUGCCUGGCCAGCUGCCCCCUGCUCAAGAUUGAGGACGUGCUGCCCUUCUUUCCUGACUUUGUCACCAUUGACCACUUCAAGGAGGCCAUCUGCAGCUCACUUAAAGCCUACAACCACCACAUCCAGGAGUUACAGCGGGAGAUGGAAGAGGCCACAGCCAGCGCCCAGCGCAUCCGACGAGACCUACAGGAACUGCGAGGCCGCUAUGGCACUGUGGAGCCCCAGGACAAAUGUGCCGCCUGUGACUUCCCCCUCCUCAACCGCCCUUUUUACCUCUUUCUCUGUGGCCACAUGUUCCAUGCUGACUGUCUGCUGCAGGCUGUGCGGCCUGGCCUGCCUGCCUACAAGCAGGCCCGGCUCGAGGAGCUGCAGCGAAAGCUGGGGGCUGCUCCACCCCCAGCCAAGGGCUCUGUCCGGGCCAAAGAGGUGGAGAGUGGGGCUGCAGCUGGAGGCCCCAGCCGGGAGCAGUUGAAGGCUGACCUAGAUGAGCUGGUGGCUGCUGAAUGCGUAUACUGUGGGGAGUUGAUGAUUCGAUCCAUUGACCGACCCUUUAUUGACCCCCAGCACUAUGAGGAGGAGCACCUCAGUUGGCUGUAGGAGGAUGCUUACCUUU